AUGAUCCGGUUCGGGUGUCAACAGGCCCUGGAUGGGCCGACUGUAGCCUUGCUGGGACUCAUCACCUUUUUCUGCCUAGAGCCGGCAGUAGAACAAGAAGAGCGUGCAGGCCGGGUCCUGUUGAUGUACGUGGCUCGAGCGUUGGAGAGUCUGGAUCCAGUCCCGUCGACAUGGAGCAGCAUGCAAAUGCGUCUGCAUAUUGUAUUGGAGUCUUUUCCUAACACAGAAGCGCGGCUUAGCGCUUACUUGGAUGCGAUGUUGUCAUCGUUGGAUAGUUUGGAUGGCUUGGCCGAUCUCAUGUAUUCCAAAUUGCCAGAUUGUUUGGACAUGAUACAGGAAGAGACAACCCAGAUCCCUGCGUUUCCUCUCGAUCGACGUUCGUACCUGGGGCUUUUUGUGCGUCGAGCACGGCUAUCGUAUGAAAUGCUCUUAGACCGGGACAGGCUUCAGCUUCUUCAUUUGUGUACAGCCUGGCGUGACGGCGUAGAGAAUACCGUGGCAGAUGAAUGGCAAGCGAGUGAACCAGCCAAAGUGUACCGAGCAUGGCGCGAUAGUGAACGUCGUGGCAACUAUACCAUGACAAAGAACCAGCUACAUGCCUUCUUUGAUUAUACCCUGCCUGGAUGCGACAAGGAAAUGCAUCAGCAUGCGCUCCUGAACUUGGCCCGGUUUCACAUGUUGACGAAAGGCUACCGUGCAUCUCGUGCUGCCCUGGACGAAGCCAUUCUCCUCUCACGGACAGUGGGCGAUACGGAAUGCAUGCGGGCUUGCGAUCACCUAUUGGACCAACUCGCCUACCUGGAUCCCCAGCCUAGUCAAGCCAAUGUGCUAACGCAGCGCGAUACCGACGACACGCUCAAAAAUGGAGCGUAUGCUCCCUUGACGCUAUGGAAAGCCGAUAUGGAUCGAGAGCGUGGAAAGCCACUCCUUGGCCUUGUCCAACGACUGCAUGAUGCCACAUGGAAAGCGCGCGAAGCUGGUGCAUCGUCGGAAGCCGCAUGGGAGCCGCGUCCUAGCAUUGAACGGAGUGCCGCAUGCCCAUCGGCAGUGUUAGCCCGACUCUGGCUGCAAAUCGGCGUGCCCUCCGUGGCGGAAGUAUACUUGGCGCAUGUGCAUCGUAUGCGGUUGACGCCGCCUGAAAACUGGACCUCGAUUAGGCUAGAGGCAACGAUCACAGCUGCUUUCGAAGCCUCGGAGCGCGGUGAUUACGAGGAGGCGCUUGUGAUGCUGAUGGAGCCACAGACCUUGGAAUGCGUCACGAAGUGGUGGGAAAGUACGCCGGUGGAUACAGAGGCCACAGCGCUCAUGUGGCUCCAAGAGGCACGAGCGUUGAUGGAGGCGCAGCAGCCGCAUCAAUGCCUGGAAAUUCUCAUGAAAGCGUUGGCGACGAGUGAUGCGCAACAACUGUAUCCGGCGCGACGCACGUGUCUAUGUAUGCUGGCGGAUGUGAUGAUCAUGUCGCUUGACAUGCAUACAGAAGCGCAGGCGCUCCUCGACGAGAUUCUCCCUUCAGCCCUGGCCGAUCCCAAUGGGGAGCGGCGGGGCCAUGUACGGUUGGUCCAAGCAAAAUGGGCCCUAGCUACGCACCAAUCAGAUAUGGCGAGAAAUGCCUUGCGGAACGGUAUGAUAGACUUCCAGCGCACAGAAACCUGGAGAGAGGAAGCAACGUGUACCUACCUCGCGGCCCACUUGGCUGAGGAGGCGGGGGAUCAUGAGGAAGCAAGCGAGUUGCGUGCUCAGUAUGCCACCGCCAAAGCCAAGGCGGACAAAGCGAGCUCGGCGCCAUGCGAGGCCCAGCUCACAGAGCUCGAGACGCUCGUGUACCGCCUCGGCAAUCGAUGUUCACGUGCUUAG